CAAAUUUGCCUGAAACGCAAUAUUUUGGCCUAAACAAUAUGUCAGUUAAUUUUUGGACAUUAGUUGAGGACCACCCUGUAUACUGUUCUGAAGCUUUGUUGUCUGGGGGAAUUUCUGCUUUCUGGGGGACUCUAAAAGGAGGAUUUAACGGACCAACAGUUCCUCUUUAUAUGAGUUUUUGAAUGGUGAAAAUCGUUGAAAAACUAAACCAGUUUCAAGGCAAAGAGUGUUUGAAGUUGUGUAAGUUGUGACGGUUUCUCUUUAAAUCGAGUUGAAGCCGCCGUCGUUUCAAGGAAUUUCUCGCGUUCAACAAUUUGAUGUGGAAAACCAAAACUUUCCCUUUCUAUCACCUUUGGAAAAUUGAAAAUCGCUCUACAACCGAGCUCGUUUUCUGCCACAAGGAUUAAUGAGGUUUUCAUUUUGAAGAUUUGACGUUCUAUUUGCUUGCAGCUCUGUUGUCUCGGGAAAUAUCUGGCACCGAAAAUUCGCGUUUGGAAGACGAAGACUUCCUAUUUGCUUUUUGAACAUUGAAAAUCCCCGCGAAACUAAGCCAGUUUCAAGUAAAAGAGAGCUUACGGUAAAAACUUCACUAAAAAACUGCGCUCCUUCUGAGUUAAACAGUCGGUUUGAGGCAGCAAUUGUUCCAAUUCCCGGAUACUUUUUCUACAGCUCCCUAUCCUCCAGCACCUUAAAACGCAACAGAAAGGAAAAAGCGGCUCCUUUUUACUACGAAAAGUAAGCAAUUUUCCUUGUUUCAAAAUGUAUAUAAGGUAGGAUUUUGGUUGGGGGUGGUUUGCAUCAAUCUUCAGUAUGAAAGUCAAAUUAAUUAAAAUUGAGGCAGAAGAUUCGGGCUGAUCCACACCGAUUGCAAACGAUGGCAAAACGCAUCCGUCCACUGGGCGGGCGUUCGGGGGGAUUAAGAUCCACUUUGCACAUUGUUAACAUUAUCAAAACUCCACGUGACAUCAUCCAUUCACAGUGAGUCUAACCAGCUGAAAUCCCGAUAUAAAUCCAAGGAAGGGGAUAAAAGGGCGGAGCGUCAGCGUCCCGCCGCAUGCAACAGUCGGUUCUCCGUUCCGUUUCCUUCAUCAGUCUCGAAGCGAACGCUUGAAGAGUAACAGCGGACACUUCGCAAGCAUAAACGAACGUUCGUCGCGUAAACUUCGGUCCGGUAAUGCUGUAGCGAACGCGCUUUGGUUGACAAUGUUCCAGUUGUUCGUUACCGCAAUUGUUCUAGUGAGUGUGAGUGGCAGAAGUUUGACGAGUUUCGAGUUGGCACCCAAAGGAUGCGAGUGGCAAAUGCAGACCGAAUCCGAGCCGAUGCUCUACUGUCAAAUCCGCACCAUCAACAACGCGGAACAAGUGAUCGGCAAUCUGAGCCUGUCUCAGACUGAUCAGCUGGCCGUGCUGAUGCUCCAAUGCAACGACGCCCUGUUCUUCGAAAGUUCCCUGGAAGCCACUAAAAGUCCCUUCUUGGGACCGUUGCGACACUUGCGAGAGCUGAAGAUUGAAAACUGCAAAAUCCGUAAUGUGCCUGCGGCCGCCCUGAGCGGGCUGCGCCACCUCAAGAGGCUGUCGCUUCGCUCCCACAACUCCGAGUGGUCGGUGAUGGCCUUGGAGCUGCACUCUGAGAGCUUCCGCGGUCUGAGCGAGCUUCGAACCCUUGACCUGGCCGACAACAACAUCUGGAACACGCCCCUGGAUCUGUUCUGCCCGCUGUACAGCCUCACACACUUGAACCUCACCAGCAACAAGCUGCAGGAUGUGCAGGCGCUGGGGUUUUCCGACUGGGGAAAGGGGCCCUUGGAGCCGGGCAGGGCCUGCGUCAACGGCCUGGAGGUUCUGGACUUAAGUGCGAACGAAAUCAUUGCCUUGCCCGAUAACGGAUUCAGCGCCCUGCGAAGCCUGGAGGAGCUGCUGCUCCAGAACAACGCCAUUAGUACUCUGGGGGAUCGGGCAUUUGUAGGCCUCAACGCCCUGAAGGCCCUCAAUCUAUCCAGCAACUGUUUGGUGGCCAUGCCGCCCGAGCUGUUCCAGUCCUCCCGUCAGCUGACGCAUCUCUACCUGCACAAUAACUCGCUGAGUGUGCUGGCACCUGGACUGCUAGAAGGGCUGGAUCAGUUGAAGGUUCUGGAUCUCUCCCACAACGAGCUCAGCAGCCGCUGGGUGAACCGCGACACGUUUUCCGGCCUGGUGCGCCUGGUCGUGCUCAAUCUGGCCAACAACCAGCUGGACCGCAUAGAUGGCGCGCUGUUCCACGACCUCUACACUCUCCAGAUUUUGAACCUGGAGGCGAAUCGCAUCAGCGCCAUGUCCGAGGGGGCGUUCAGCGAGCUAAAGAAUCUGCACGCUUUAACACUGAGCCAUAACCAGAUCACCCGCAUUGAGGCCUAUCAUUUCACUGGCAUGUACGCAUUGAAUCAGCUGCUGAUCGACCAGAACGAAAUCGAGCACAUUCAUCCGAAAGCGUUCGAGAACGUGACGAAUCUGCAAGACCUUGGACUGAACGGAAACAUGCUCGGUGGCAUCCCGACAGGGAUAGGCCAAUUGCGCUUCCUGAAAACCCUCGAUCUGGGCAAGAACCGCAUCGAAUCGGUCACAAAUGCGUCUUUUGAAGGCCUGGAUCUUUUAUACGGGCUGCGGCUGGUUGAUAACCACAUUGUGAAUAUAUCGAGAGACGCUUUUUCGACGCUGCCCUCCUUGCAAGUGCUCAAUUUGGCUUCGAAUCGCAUCAAACAUGUGGAGCAAAGCGCCUUUGCCAGCAAUCCUACUCUAAAGGCCAUCAGACUGGACGCCAAUGAGCUGACUGACAUCAGUGGCGUGUUCACCAACCUGCAGAGCCUUGUUUGGUUGAACGUCUCCUCCAAUAAGUUGCUUUGGUUCGACUUUAGUCAUCUACCGCUCAGUUUGGAGUGGCUGGACAUGCACGCCAAUGAAAUCCCUGAGUUGGGCAACUAUUACGAUGUGCGCAACACUUUGAGGAUCAAAAUGCUGGAUGUGAGCUACAACCUGAUUACAAUGAUCCAGGAAAAUGCCAUUCCCGAUAGUGUCGAGACGCUCUAUUUGCAAAACAAUCGGAUUGCCUCAGUGGCGCCCAACUCCUUCACGCAUAAGAACCAUCUAGAAAAAGUCGUGCUUUAUGGCAACAAGAUUCGCUAUCUGGACCUGUCGGCCCUCAAUUUGAGUCCAGUGAGCGACGACAAGGAUUUGCCUCAAUUCUACAUCGGGGGCAACCCGUUUUACUGCGAUUGUAAGAUGGAAUGGCUGCUGCGCAUCAAUCAUUUGAGCAAUCUGAGACAAUACCCUCAGGUGCUCGAUCUGGACGACAUCACAUGCGAGCUGGCGCACUCCAGGGGCGCGCCUCCCCAGCCCCUACUGAGGCUCAAACCAUCGAACUUCCUCUGUCCCUACCAGGCGCACUGCUUCGCCCUCUGCCACUGCUGCGACUUCGACGCCUGCGACUGCGAAAUGACCUGCCCAGACCGCUGCAGCUGCUUCCACGACCACACCUGGACCUCAAACGUGGUCGACUGCAGCAGCGCGGGCUAUAAAACCGUCCCACAAAACAUCCCGAUGGACGCCACUGAGAUCUACCUGGAUGGCAACGAUCUGGGCGAGUUGGGCAGCCACGUUUUCAUCGGCAAGAAGAAGCUGGAGGUGCUGUUUCUGAACAACAGCAACGUGAAAACGCUGCACAACCAGACCUUUAAUGGCGUCAACUCGUUGAGGGUGCUGCACAUUGAGGACAAUCAGCUGGAGGAGUUGCGGGGAUUCGAGUUCGACCAGCUGGAGAAUAUCAAUGAGCUGUAUUUGGAUCACAAUCGGAUCGGGUUUGUGGGCAACCAGACUUUCCGGAACAUGCAUCACUUGGAGGUGCUGAAGCUGGACGAGAAUCGCAUCGUGAACUUUCCGCCGUGGCAGCUGCAGCAGGCGUCAGCUGCCCGUGUGUCUCUCAAUGGGAACAAGUGGUCAUGUGAUUGCGCCGCCCUUGGGCGGCUCCAGGCCUGGAUCCGGGCGUCCGGGGGCGACCCGGCCAGGCUGCUUUGUUCGGAUCGCGAGGAAGCAGUGGCGGACGCCCUUAACAAGUGUGAUGAUCUGGACAACGCCAUCGCCACCUCCGUGGUGCAGCGCGAGCAGGUCAAGGGCCACAUGGUGGCCAACUACGUACCCCUGCUGGCGGCCACUCUGGUGACCGUCAUCGUCCUCUGUACGCUCCUCUCUCUCAUAUUCGCGUUCCGGCAGGAAGUGCGCCUGUGGGCGCACUACAAGUACGGCGUCAGGUUCUUCCAGGAAAAGCAGUCCAGUAGCGACGACCAGGACCAGAUGUACGACUGCUACAUGAUCUACAGUCACAAGGACGAGGAGCUGGCCGCUCGCAUCAUUGCCCCAGAGCUGGAAGCCUUCGGCCACACUCUGUGUCUGCACUACCGAGAUCUGCACUUGUUGAACGGCGCCUCCUACCUAGCGGACGCAAUGGUGGGGGCAGCGGACGCCUCCAAACGCGUGCUCUUCAUCGUCUCCCCCGCUCUUAUUGGUGCGGAAUGGAUCAAGCCAGAGUUCCGCGCAGCACUCCAGGCGGCGCUGCGCUCCAGCUACCGUGAGAAGCUGGUGUGCGUGCUGAGCGGCGAUCCGCUAGAACCGAUGGAUCCGGAGCUGCGCGCCCUGCUCAGAGCGUGCGCAGUCACCAGAUGGGGCGAGCGGCGCUUCUGGGAGAAGCUGCGCUACGCCAUGCCGGAUGUGAUUGGCAACCGGCGCAAAAAACAGCCGGAAAUCCGCUGCAAAGCCAGCGCCCGCUACACCAGCCCCCCACAUAGCGACACUUGGUACAAAUACCAGGCGAUGGCUGGGGUGCUAGCCCCCACCCUUACCCCCACUCCGACUCAGAGCACUUAUGUGUCGGGGGGCGAGUCCAAUCGCAGCACCGAGGACGAGGGCUCCAGCGCCAGCUCCCAGCAUUAUGGUUCCGAGCAGCUGAACCACAGCUACGUUAGUAUCGAUGGGCGGCCGCCCCAGUAUUCGCAGUACCCGCCCGGGUGCCGUGUGGAGGUUCCCCAUCACGUUUACUCGACGAUUCCGGAUGUGCCACCCCAAUCGCGAACGUACUUUGUCUAAGUGCUUUGUGAUACGUAAUUGAAGAUGGUUCGCUUGCCACCAAUCGCACGGGCGGUUUCAACUCGACAUUUUUCAAAGGCUGUUCUACUUGUAAAUGCUAUAUUUUAUUUUUUUCUAUUGUGGAUCCACUACUCCUACCGCCACUACUACUACUGCUACUAUUACUAAUAUGUGUAAUCGGCGCUAUUGUGUAUUCUGAUGUAAUUUUUUUGGUCUGAGCGGGGUUUCACGUUUGGGACGCCUUCUUGCCGGGGUUCGAUGGUUUUCAAACUGAAUUUCGGCGUUUUUAAUUCAACUCUUUUCACAGUUUGAUGCUGAAGCUGUGCCGAGCCCUAAUUUGCUCUUGAUUAAUCUCGACCAGUCUCGUGCCCGACUGUUUUUGAUCAAUUUUGUUGCAACAUGACCAAAAACUCGCGGGUUUUUCUACACUUCUACACUAUUUGGCCCCUUUUUUUUCGACUUGCAACUAUUCAACUAACCUGAAAAUUGAAAAAGCUUCCCCAAUUUCGAAGUUUCCUCACCAAUUUAAUUAAAAAACGGGCAAAACCCGGCGGUUUUCAGCCGUCAAAUUUCAUGGUUCAACUUCAUUCUUUUCUCUUUAAGCUUUUGCUUCUCUAGAAAAUCGCAACAAAUUUGAUCAAAUCGCGCUCAUUUUAAAAUGCCCAGGCUUAACACUUGUAACAUACACGACGUCCCAAAAAACCUCGAUUCAAAAGGCUUGAAACCUUGCCAGACUUUUGUAAAUAUUUGGUCAAGUUAAAAUUAAUUUCUAACAGGGGGGACGCCCCCACGAGACCGUGCAGAACUGUUUGAACCAGUUGCGACAUGCACUCUCGAUUGUUUAAACGCUUAUUAGUCAUUAAUUUUAUUGUGUGUAAAUAGCCAGGAUUUUAUUAAUAUUUAAAGACUGUUGGAUAUUGUACAUUGAAACAAUUAAUUUAUGAAUAAAAGACAUUUUUUAAAUUA